AUUCUUAAGGAAACAAGGGGUAAAAAAGCGUGGAAAAGGAAAAAGCUUCCAUUAUGAGACCACUCAAUUGAUUCGUAAAAUUUCAGUCACGGACAUGCCUCUGAACCGCACCAGCCACAGCAUUUGUGGUGGUCUUUUCUUCCUGUGCGUAGUCCCCAUAUUCACACACUUAAGUUUAGCGAAUGGAAAGAGCGUUCGUGGCGAGGGCCACGACGAUGAAUUUAAACAUAAUCGACCUUUGCCAAGAGGAGAAACACUUAUCUGGGCUUAUUUGAAGAUGCACCAAAUUUUCCCGAAAGUUGUGCCUGUGCCAGCGAAGGAUGCUAUUGAGGUAAGUUACAAAGAAGACGCAAUUGUAGAUUUUGGACUUGAAUUAACUGAAGAUCAAGUUGAGAAUCAGCCAAUCAAUACAACUUGGCCCGUGGAAAAGGGAGCCCAUUACACAUUAAUUCUUUUUACUCCCGACUCACCAUCGAGACUUAACCAGACUGAAGGCCAGUUUGAUUUCUGGUUCGUUGCUAAUAUCAAUGAGUCUUGCAAAGCAAAAUCCGGGAACACCUACACAGAGUAUUUAGGACCAAAAGCGUGGACCAUGAACCCGGAACUACUGGGUGAGCUGCGGCGUUACAUCUUCAUUGUAUUCAAACAACCGGUAAAACCUCUUCUUUACAGGAUGGGAAUAACUUAUAAAGAAUAUUAUGACAGCCGGCAACGAUUCAACGUGACGGAAUUUGCGGAUGAAUACAAAUUAGGACGACCAGUUGCAAUAAAUAUGUUUCAAAUGUCUACGGUGAAGCAAAAGCGAAACUGGACAGUUAUGCCCGACUGGCACAAAAAUCCUAUGAAAUACAUCACGAUGAUUGAUGAGCCCCCAACAGAGUAUCCUCAUCAAGAUUAUGAAUAAGAAACAUUCAUCUUUACUGUUCAAGAUUUAUUUCAUAAAAAAGUACAUAUUUUGACGAUAAUUUUAAAUAACUAAAUACGUCGCGAGACAAAGAAAAAGAAAAGAAAGAUAAGUUAGUAAACCAGCCAUAAUUUGUUUUGGGUAGGUUUUAUGACUUGAACUUUAGCUCAGUGCGUCGUUAGGAGUUGGUUGGAACUCCCUCAAAAGGAGAAAUUGAACACAAUAAAACUGGCGGCCAGAAAGUGGACAGUUCGGUUUGCUGUAACCCCCCCCCCCCCAACACAACGUCCGUCAGCAUAAAAAC